GCGUUAACACCUUGUGGUUACCAGGGGAACGAGAGCCUGAGAAGUAGCACUUGUGUGCUUUGCUUUCGCUCAGCGGAAUGAACGCAGGAGGUACAGCGUUGCUUUUGUAAUUCAGGUAAACAGAUAAGCGUGCAACAGCUUCGCGGAUGAAGGAAGUAACGUAGAGUCACUUCAACGCAUUUGGCUUUAACGUGCAUUCACUCCAAGGUAGCGUUACGUUCAGCGAUAUCCUGCAAAAAUGCCGUCACCACAAGUCCUCCAGCCAGUUCUGAAGAUGAAAGUGGAUGAGCUGUUUCUCAACUGGUUGAGUGACACUGCAACCCAGUCACUGCUCAAAGACUAUCUUGACAUAAUCAAAAGCGGACAACACAUUGAACUGAGUUGUGGGGACGGCCAGGACAAAAGGUCGCUGACCUUCAACGAGAACAACAACGUGGCAUCCCAGAGGAACCUGGCGGAGAAGAAGCCCCUUCCUCUUGGUACUCCUUCCAGCCCCCUGUCUGCCAGCACUCUGCCCUCGGGCAGUAGCAGUAAUACCAGAGUGACCGGACCCAAUGGCAGGGUGCUACGGAGGUCUGUCAGUACGAAAAAGGCCCAGGCCCAGGUGAGGACGCAGGAGCCCGUCGCCACAGCGCUGAGUGAAAGCAUUCCAAAGUUCUACUUCCCACAGGGCCGGCCCCAAGCCAACGUCAACAUCGACAGCCUCAUUUCCAAAAUUGAGAAAACAUUUUCCCAAUUCCCAAAUGAAAGGGCCACCAUUGAGGACAUGGGGAAGGUCGCCAAGGCAUGUGAGUGUCCUCUCUACUGGAAAAUGCCAUUGUUCUGCUCGGCUGGAGGCGACAGGACCGGCUUCGUCUCCGUUCACAAGUUGGUGGCUAUGUGGAGAAAAACUCUGCAGACCUGUCACGACGACGCUUCUAAAUUCGUGCACCUCUUGGCCAAGCCUGGCUGUAAUUACCUGGAACAAGACGACCUUAUUCCAUUCCUGCAGGAUGUGGUGAACUCGCACGCAGGCCUGGCCUUCCUAAAGGAGGCCCCGGACUUUCACUCACGGUACAUCACCACGGUGAUUCAGAGGAUAUUCUACAAUGCGAACCGUUCAUGGACUGGAAAAAUAACGUGUUCGGAGCUUAGGAAAAGUAAUUUUCUUCAGAAUUUGGCACUGCUGGAGCAGGAAGAAGAUGUGAACCAGCUGACCGACUUCUUCUCCUACGAACAUUUCUACGUUAUUUACUGCAAGUUCUGGGAGCUGGACACUGACCACGACCUCUACAUAGACCAGAAGGACCUGGCACAGCACAAUGACCAAGCCAUCUCCCAGAAGAUGAUUGAGAGACUAUUCUCAGGAACUGUAACGAGAGACAGGAAGGUGCACAAGGAGGGACGGCUCAGUUACGCCGACUUCGUCUGGUUCCUCAUUUCUGAGGAGGACAAGAAGACCGACACCAGUAUCGAGUACUGGUUCCGCUGCAUGGACCUUGACGGGGACGGCGUGCUCAGCAUGUACGAGCUGGAGUACUUCUACGAGGACCAGUGCCAAAGGCUGGAGACCAUGGCCAUCGAGCCCCUUCCCUUCGAGGACUGCCUCUGCCAAAUGCUCGACCUUGUCAAGCCCGAGGUCGAAGGUAAGAUCACCCUGCGGGACCUCAAAAGGUGCAAGCUGUCCCACAUCUUCUUCGACACCUUCUUUAACAUCGAGAAGUACCUCGACCACGAGCAGAAGGACCCGUUCUCUAUCAUACGGGAGAUGGAGACGGACGGACAGGAGGUGACGGACUGGGAGAAAUAUGCUGCAGAGGAGUACGACAUCCUGGUGGCCGAGGAGGCUGCCAACGAUCAGUGUAACGACGCGUACGACAACCCUUUGAGCCCUUUAGGGCAGCACAUCUCCACCGAGCUGGGUCUGAAGAGACACUUCUUCCAGAUCCCCAGUCCACACUGCAAACUGGAACUCGACGAAUACGAGUACGAAGAGGACUUUGAAUGACCCUCUCUCCCCGCGGCGUUUCUCUCACACGCCUGCCGCUCGCUCCCAGAAACACGGCUCAACCGGCAGCGUCGGUGGAUGACUCUCUCUUCCCCCCCCCCCCCUCCCGGUUUCCAGUAACAGGACAGUAAAAAGGGAGUGAACACAAAGAGCUGUCAGAGCACUGGUGGGGUCAGAUGGACACAGUGUCACACAUUUGGCUCAGAGGAAAUGUGAAGUUGUCUGAGCAGAACGGGGUCCUUACCAGAUGAUUUAUUCUCACCCGCCACACUUAAAGAAGUCUCCACAGAGGACUUCAUGAUGUCACGAGCAGACCGGCGCUCCAUCCCCACAACGUUACCGCAGGAGAAGUAGUGUUUGUGCAGGUAACGCUUUGUGUAAAUGUGGGGGCGAGCAUUAUUUCAUCUGAACAUCCGUGCCGUGUAAUCACAUGAGUGUUCCCACAGCGGAGCUCCCUGGAUUGUUGGACAGAAGCAAAGUAGAUUCAGGUUUUUAAACUCAUGAUCAUCUGAAGUCAUUGGCUAAUGUUACAUUCCAGUGAUCCUAACGGAAGAGGUUUCUAUACACUGUAAAAUUCAUUCAUAGUUGUUUGUUGAAAUGAGAAGUUAAGUGUAAAUGCCAAACAAGCCACCGUUGAGCCUGCUGCACACACACAGCUCAGACUGCCACACACACACACACACACACACACUGUAUAUUGUACAGGUCUGUACUCAUUAUGAUAGAUUUACUGUAUGUGUGAGAUGGGUUUAUUAUUAAGUUAUUAGAGAUGGAUUUAUAAAUAACUGUAAAUAUUUAUUUGGUGUUUGCCGUGUUGUAAAUGAUUUGGGAAAAUGUUUUAGACAAAUUCUUUUUUUUCUAUGUUAUCAAGUACUUAAUUUGAAUGUACUUUUGACAGGACAAAAGGAACCAAUUUUAAAAUGCUUUUCUUUAAAUUAUUAAUAAAGCCUUGGUUAAUGGAAGAGUAAA